AAGAAGUGAUACAAGAGGGAGGUGCUCACAAACCGCCACAGUGUUAAAUAUAUUUGGGUGGGGUGAAGGUUAAUAUAUACCACAAGUGCUCUAAGAUCAUCUUACCUGGUAUGAUUGUGCUCGAUUCGGUUCCAGGAUGGGGCCUUCUAGAGUAACGUUCGCCCUUUUUUUGCUUGUUUCAAACACCGUCGUACUGGCGACCUUCAGACACAAGCAUCCAUCUACAUCUGAUAAAGACAAAGAUAAGCAUCCACCUGACCAAGACAAGAAUCCAUCUAUAUUUGAAAAAGACAAAGACAAACAUUCAUUUGAUAAAGAGAAAGACAAAGACAAGCAUCACUCUGAAAAAGACAAAGACAAGCAUCACUCUGAAAAAGACAAAGACAAGCAUCACUCUGAAAAAGACAAAGACAAGCAUCACUCUGAAAAAGACAAAGACAAGCAUCACUCUGAAAAAGACAAAGACAAGCAUCACUCUGAAAAAGACAAAGACAAGCAUCACUCUGAAAAAGAGAAAAAUCCAUCCGAUAAGGACAAAGAAAGGUCAGUGAUUUUCUAAGACUUUUUAAUGAAGUUAUUUGAAAACAAACACCAAGCCUAGAAAUAAAUCAGAUAUCACUGUCAUGCAUGUUUUCUAUGCAGUCCCAUGAGGACUCCAAC